AUGGACAUCUAUGAGGAGUGCCGUCCAGUUAUUUGUCCUCCUCUUCUCACCAUGAGCUCCUGGGUGGUGAACAGGAAAGGAGAGCCACAGUACCGCCGGCACUUCCUCACAGACAACAGCGUCUUUCAUGUGGAGCGAUGCAUGAGUGUGAUGCAGUCCGGGACACAGAUGGUAAAGCUGAAGACAGGAUCCAAAGGGCUGGUGAGGCUCUUCUACCUGGAUGAGCAUCGCUCCUGCAUCCGCUGGAAGCCCUCACGCAAGAGUGAGAAGGCUAAGAUCACCAUUGAUUCGCUGUACAAAGUGACAGAGGGCGGUCAAUCGGACAUCUUCCAUCGUCAUGCAGAUGGCAGCUUCAACCCGGCCUGCUGUUUCACAGUGUACCAUGGAAACCACAUGGAGUCCCUCGACCUGGUGACGUCCAAUGCAGAAGAAGCCAGAACCUGGAUAACUGGCCUGCGCUACCUGAUGGCCGGGAUCAGCGAUGAGGACUCACUGGCCAAACGGCAGCGUACACACAACCAGUGGAUGAAGCAGACGUUUGAAGAGGCUGAUAAAAACGGAGACGGUCUCCUGAACAUCGAAGAGAUCUCCCAACUUCUCCACAAGCUGAACGUGAAUCUGCCACGCAGGAAGGUCAAGCAAAUGUUUCAGGAAGCAGACACGGACGAUCAGCAGGGCACGCUGACAUACGAGGAGUUCUCGGUCUUCUACAAGAUGAUGUCUCUGAGGCGGGACCUGUUCCUGCUGAUGAUGGCGUACAGCGACAGGAAGGACCACCUGACAGCGGACGAGCUGGCCAACUUCCUGCGGAAUGAGCAGAAGGUGGCCAAUGUGACUCCAGAGUACAUUGCAGAAAUCAUUGACAAGUUUGAGGUAUCUGACGAGAAUAAACAAAGAAGCGUUAUGGGGAUUGAAGGUUUUACAAGUUUCAUGCGCAGUCCAACAUGUGACAUUUUCAACCCUUUGCACCAUGAGGUGAAUCAAGACAUGGAGCAGCCGCUCUGUAACUACUUCAUCGCCUCCUCUCAUAACACAUAUCUGACUGGAGACCAGCUUCUCUCCCACUCCAAGACGGACAUGUACGCCUGGGUGCUGCAGUCCGGCUGCCGCUGCGUCGAGGUGGACUGCUGGGAUGGUCCUGAUGGAGAGCCGAUGGUCCAACACGGCUACACUCUGACCUCCAAGAUACCAUUCAAGUCUGUCAUAGAGACCAUCAAUAAAUAUGCCUUCAUAAAUAACCAGUUCCCAGUCAUUCUGUCCAUUGAGAACCACUGUAGCAUCCAGCAGCAAAAGAAGAUUGCGCAGUACCUGAGAGAAAUCUUUGGAGACAAACUCGAUGUGGGAGAUGCACUGAGCAGAGACUCCAAGACAUUACCCAGUCCUCACAGCCUGCUGGGCAAGAUACUCAUCAAAGGGAAGCGUCUCCCUGCCUACCUGUCUGCAGACGCCGAGGAAGGGGAGGUAUCCGAUGAUGACAGCGCAGAUGAAAUUGAGGACGACUUCAAGCUCAAGAGCAGUAAUGGCAAUGGUCACCACCAGGUGGAGUCUCACAUCAGAAAGAAACUGGACUCUCUAUUGAAGGAGUCUAGGAUCGGAGACAAGGAAGAUACAGACAGCUUCAGCAUCCGAGCUCUGCUCCGUGCCACACACCAGGGCCUUCAGAAAAACCUGCGGCAGAGCUCCAGAGGGGUUCUGAAGAAAUCCCAAAGCAGAUCUUUCAUCACGACGCUUAAACAGAAGAGGCACUCCAAAUCCAGGCUGUCAUGCCAAAGCGUGGACAAAGAGGAGGACAGUCAGGAGAGGUCUGGGAGGGAGGCCGGAGGACAGUUCAACAGGGCUGGAAGGAAGAGGAAGACGAUGAAACUGAGUAGAGAUCUGUCAAACCUGGUGGUGUUCACCAACUCUGUUGCCUCACAGGAGUGCCUGAAUGAAGGUACUCCAGGUGAUGUUCUGUCAUUCAGUGAGACCAGAGCGCAAUCUCUGGUCAAUCACAGAGCCGAACAGUUCCUGGCUUUUAACCAGAGGCAGCUGUCACGCAUUUAUCCCUCAGCCUAUCGUAUCGACUCGUCCAACUUCAACCCCCAGUUCUACUGGAACGUGGGCUGUCAGUUGGUUGCUCUGAACUACCAGACAGAGGGCAGGAUGAUGCAGCUCAACAGAGCCAAGUUCAUGGUGAAUGGAGGUAGUGGCUACGUCCUCAAACCCCCUCCUAUGUGUAAAGGCUCAUUCAACCCAUUCAGUGAUGACCCACUUCCAGCUUACCCCAAGAAGCAGCUCAUUCUCAAGAUCAUUAGUGGACAGCAGUUGCCCAAACCACCAGACUCCAUGCUGGGGGACCGUGGAGAAAUUAUUGAUCCUUUUGUGGAAGUGGAGAUCAUCGGUCUUCCAGUUGAUUGCUGCAAGGAACAGACACGAGUUGUUGAUGACAAUGGUUUUAACCCUGUGUGGGAGGAGACCCUGUCCUUUACACUUCACAUGGCUGAGGUGGCUUUAGUGCGUUUCCUUGUCUGGGACCAUGACCCCAUUGGACGGGACUUUAUUGGCCAACGGACUGUUGCCUUCAGCAGCUUGAUGCCUGGUUACAGGCAUGUUUACUUGGAGGGGCUGACUGAGGCUUCCAUCUUUGUGCAUGUGUCAGUGCAUGAUGUCUAUGGGAAGUGGAGUCCUCUAGUCCUGAACCCCAGCUUUACCAUAAUGCACUUUCUAGGAUCUAACAAGGGUCAUCAACUGAGAGGUAUCCGGGGUUUGUUUAACCGUUCCUCCAAGUCCUCUGUGGAUACAAGCUCCGGUGGCCUUCGGAAACGCUCCCUCAGUGAUCACCUCCUGCGGCGCACAGCCAGUGCCCCAGCAAAAGGACGGAAGAAGACCAAGAUGGUGCUAUCGGAGUCGGUGGCUUCGAUAUCAGACCAAAAGAACGGAACAGGUGCAGGAACAGGAAGAGAGGGCGUGUCAGGGAAGGAAGGAGGGGUGGAGAAGCGUCUCCAGCCCCGAGCCCCCCUCAUCCACAGACCUAUCUCCAUGCCCUUAGACAGGCUUCUGCAAGGGCAGCUAUCCCUCUGUUCCCCAGACAAGGGACAGCAUGAUAUGGGAGCAGACACUGUCAUUGGAGUUUGCCCCCUCAACAGGCCCAGGUCUUCCUCUGUAGACCUUCUUGUCCAAUCAUCGUUUUCUGUUGAACCAAGUGUCACUUCCCCUUCUAAGACAUACAGGAAUAAAGAAUUUGGCCAAUCAGAGGAGGCUUCUUAUCUGGUUAUUGGUGGAGGAGAUAUAAGAAAAGAAGAAGACUAUGCUAACUACCAUUCAGAAGACAAUGGAGUCAACAAAUCAAAGAACAUCUCCACAGGAAAAGAGAAAAACGGUUUAGUCUCACCUUCCGUGAACAACAAGAUGACAUCAGAUAAACCCGAGACAUCAUCCAACAGCACAACAUUCACAGUUGCACCCUCAGUCUCCUCAUCCUCCUCUUCUGCCCCCUCCACUGUGGCCCCUCUUUCUCCUGUCAGUAUGGACUGUGAUCUGAAGAGUCCCAGCUCUUUGCAUGACAGCACCAUCUCCAGACUCAUUGAUGCUGUGUCCUUAGGCAAUGAGCAGGACACACGUGGCUCCAUUUCUGCUCUUAUUGGCCAAUUUGAAACCACCGUUGACCAAAAUGAUUUCACAACAUUAUCUCAUGAUCACACUCCUUCCCAUCACUCAAACUUCAGACCUACCACCCCUAAAGUGCUGCAAGAUUUAAGGUCUCCUCUCAAGAACAACACAGCCUCUCAUAAUAGGAAACAACUGAUAAGUCCCCAACAGGUAGCUCAAAUAACAAAUCAUGUAAAUGAUCAAAUCCUUUCACCGUGCAAGAUUUCUCAGACAGAUAUACCUGCAUCAGCCGUCUUCUCCAGCCCAGAAACUGCUGAGCUUGAGGAGGUGUACACCAUUCUGGAUGAGGAGGUGCUGUUGCCUGUAUCGGUGUACAACCUGAGGAAAAAGACAGUCCAUGUUCAGGCAGACACCAUGGAGAACAUGCCCUCAAACAGCUUGGGCUCGUCUCCAGCAAAAGUGGUUCAGGGUUUUGGAAGGGGGCACAACGUGGGUUGGAAUGAUAUGCUCAGAAAGAGGGGUGGAAGUGAAGAAACUGAGGAGGCAGAGGAAAGAGUAUAUGAGGAAGUGUAUGAUCCCCCAGCACCUGUACCUGAGAUACCUGAGAUAGAAUGGAAUACUUCUAAAAGGUACAUGAGCUCCUCUGUAAACAGCAGUUUUCAGUUUAUCCAUAACUCGGUUAGAAAUGCUUUUGCAGAAGUAGAGAUUAAUGUUGAUGAGGAUCCACUGGAUAUGAUGCUGACCUCGCCAAGACAUGGCAGCCAAUGGGAGGGGCUCAUAAGUCCAACCAAACGCCAUGCUAUCUACCAAAACCAUGAAUCCACUCCCAAAUACUCCCAACAAAAGCAGCCUUCGUCAUACCGUGAUCAGUACCCAUCACAUGCAUCUCCUCUAUCUAAUCACCACCAACACCAGAACAACUCCCAGCCUUCACCGUUCCACAGACCUGUCAAUUGUAGACCCUCCAACCCUAGUCCGCUGUGUCAGAACAGCUUCUCCGUUCCUCAGGGCAUUUCUAAGGCCCUUAACAACAGCAGAGACUCCAGCACUUCCUAUACACAACAGUGGAGCCAUAGUGGCAGCCAGAUUCUAAACAGGUCUCAUCAAAACAGGCUAGGGUAUAAACAGAUGGAGAGGGAGCAUGUGAGGUGUUUCCACGAAGGUUUCUCCUCUUCUGAAAGCCUCCCUGGUCAAUCUGCUGGCUCUAUAAACAUCUGUAGAGACAGAGGACUAUAUUCCCCUUCUUCAGACUGCGAUGCAGUGUACAGCCACCUGGACUAUGACUGCAUUACGCCCUCAUCAGAGCCUUCAGAUCCUCAAAACAUCCAGCCACACAGCCAGAGUCAAACACAAUCACACACCCCGAAGCAGUCUUGCAACCAAAAUGUUUCCCUAAUCAAUUGUAGGCACCAGUCACAGCCUGAAACAGCAGUUUCACUGCACUCAAAUUUGAGGCCUUUAUCAACUCGUCCCCAGUCUGCUCCCACAGACUCCACAGCCCCCAGCCAAUGUAAGUCCAAGUCCUUGGGAGACCUGACCUCUGAAGACAUAUCAUGCAACUUCCAGAGCAAAUACCACAUCAUUAGUCGCAGUUUCAUCACUCCUCAUAUGAGGAAGCAAAAGAGGAUGGGCACUAUGGGGGAAGUUACUUUCCAAUCACAGUCUUGUGACCCACUUACGGAACAGCUACGUAAACUGGUCAGUCUGGAGGGGGAUGACAGUGACAGAGAUAGGGCCCAGUCUCCUCAGUUGCAUGAUGAAGCAAAAUUCCCACUGUCACAGCCCCAUGCAACAAGUACAGCUCCUGUUAUUCCCAGGGAUACAGAAGAUUCCCCUCCACUCCUUACCCGUCGCCUAUCUUCUCGGAGUCAAAGUCGAGUGCGUCACAUUAACAGCCGUGCCCGUGAAAGGCAGCAAGAGGCUCUAAAGCCCCGGGCAGGUGUGGUGAUGAACGGUACCACCGGCAUUGGUGGAGUGGUUUUGAGGAAUAAACCAGCCUCGCAAAAUCCGCCAGCUAACAGACACUCAACUGGUUCUUACAUAGCAGGCUAUCUUGGUCAGCUGGAGGACAGGGGACUUCCUGAAGGAGCAUGCACAUCAUUACAUUUUGGAAAUGGGGAUCAUCAUGGAGAUCGGUACUAUACCGAUGACUCUCUUCCAAAUGCAAACUCCACCCACUCUGAGUCAGAGCCUGAGGUCUACUUCCUGCUCAGGCUGUAGCUCUGAUCACAACCUAAAAUGAGAUUAAGAAUCCAACACUCAUUUUCGAGGAAAUAUAGACUUGCUAUUUGUUCCCAAGUCCACAGACCAGUAGGCUUCCCCUAUAACCCUUAAACAAAUCUUAUUCUGGGCUAUUUCUAGAUAAAGAUAUGGUUCUGUACAAUAUCAGUGAAACAUCACAUAUAAUCCAUGGUUGGAUCUGACAGCAUGAAUUUCCUGUAUGAAAUUUCCACUAUUCAAUAGUGAAUGGUCUUUCUAGUCUGGCAGUGUAUUGUCUAUAUCCUGCUUAAUGUAUAAAUGUACUUGGGAACUUUGAUUCUCUCCAAAUGGCUUCCUAGACUGAUUGUACAGAUACUUGUUAUCUUUGUCCCUGUGAUGUACUGUCCAAACUGCGUACAUUAACUAUGAAGCAAAAAAGAAAAAGAAUAAAAGAAUUGGGUUUCAAGCAGAGAGGGAAUGUCUUUCAUUGUAUCAUCUGAAUGUUUAGUAUAAUCAAACAGCUACUUUUAAUAGAUGGGAUUCAUCUUUUCAAAGAUCAAAUGUAAGUCUUCCUUCUGUUUUAAGUGGUAUUUCUUUAUUUGUGUUGUGUGUAAAUAUUCUUGUCAUUGUUUUAAUCCGAGAUGGAUUUUAGUUGAGAACCAAUUCUAACUGUACAUUUAUGUUUGUGCAUGUUACCUGUGAACAUGUCAAGCAUGACUAUGCACCAGUUUGUACAAUAGAUGUUGCAUCACCCAACAAUACUUGCACACAACAAAUAGUUGCAUUGAACACAAAUGGAGGACAUAGGCUUGUUUGUAACGGGUGCAAUACAGUACAUAAACCUCUGUGCUUGGACUCGUUGCGCUCUAUGAUUUGUAGAAUUUGAAAAAAUGAUUGCAAAUUUUAAAGAUUUGGAGUUUAAAGGUUUUUAUUUUUAUAAUUGCUUUGAUACAGACUGCAAAAAUAAUCUCUUGUUGGUUCUGGUUAUUUUAUUUUGUAUAACUUAAUGAAAUGGAAAAAGCAGAGUGAUAACGACAAAGGGCCAGGCUGAGGAGGGGAGGGUGGCAAAGGGUGAAAUUAUUAUUUCAGUGUUACACCAUCCUUUUUUUUCUUUGUAUUGUUGCUCAUCGGAGGACUGUGAGC